AACGAAGGAGAGGUGUUAAUGUUACCCACAGAAUGGAAUGGUGGUGGUGGUAGUGAUGAUGAUGAGGAAGAAAAGAAGGAGAAAGAAGAGGAGGAUGAAGACAACGAUGGCGGUAAUGGUCGUCGACCCGUUUAUUAUGGGUUGUUUAACGAAUCUGCUAAAAACAACGCUUAA